UCAGAAUUCUUUGCUUCACAUGUAUGCUGCUUGUGGGCUCGUCGAUACUGCGUAUAAGGUGUUUGAAUUAAUUCCUGAGAAGGAUGUUGUGGCUUGGAAUUCUGUGAUUAACGGGUUCGCUCUUAAUGGGAAACCUAACGAGGCUUUGACUCUCUUUAGGGAAAUGGGGUUGGAGGGUGUGGAGCCUGAUGGGUUUACUUUGCUUAGCUUGUUAUCUGCUUGUGCUGAGGUUGGUGCUUUGGCGUUGGGUCGGAGAGUUCACGUAUACAUGGUGAAGGUAGGCUUGACUGAUAAUUUACAUGUUAAUAAUGCGCUUUUAGAUCUUUAUGCAAAGUGUGGAAGCAUUAGAGAGGCAAAGAAAGUAUUUGAUGAGAUGGAGGAAAGGAAUGUAGUUUCUUGGAGUUCUUUGAUUGUUGGAUUGGCUGUUAAUGGCUUUGGUAACGAAGCACUUCAGCUUUUCAAUGAGAUGGGAAGAGUGGGAUUGGUGCCUAGUGAAGCUACUUUCGUUGGAGUUCUCUAUGCUUGUAGUCAUUGCGGGAUGGUUGAUGAAGGUUUCAGGUAUUUUAAAAAGAUGAAAGAGGAAUAUGGGAUUUUGCCCAGGAUAGAACAUUAUGGUUGCAUGGUUGAUUUGUUGGGUAGGGCUGGCUUGGUAAAGGAGGCAUAUCAAUAUAUCCAAAGCAUGCCAAUGAAGCCUAAUGCUGUUAUUUGGAGGACAUUGUUAGGAGCAUGCACAAUACAUGGCCAUUUGACUUUAGCAGAGUAUGCAAGAGCUCGAGUAUUAAAGCUAGAACCGGGAUGUAGUGGUGACUAUGUGCUCCUCUCUAACCUCUAUGCAUCAGAGCAACGCUGGUCUGAUGCACACAUAAUGAGGAGAAAAAUGCUUAGGGAAGGAGUGAAGAAAGUUCCAGGUUAUAGCCUUGUAGAGUUGGGUAAUCAUGUUUAUGAAUUUCUCAUGGGUGAUAGAACUCAUCCACAUAGUGAGGAAAUUUUUGCAAUGCUAGCGGAAAUAACAAAGAGGUUAAAAUUAGAAGGUUAUGCUCCCCGUACAGAAAAUGUACUAGCGGAUAUAGAGGAAGAAGAUAAGGAGAAUGCUUUGUCUUACCAUAGCGAGAAGAUUGCGGUUGCUUUCAUGCUACUUAAGACAGCACCAGGGACCCCGAUUAGGGUUGUAAAGAAUUUGAGAAUUUGUGCAGAUUGUCAUUUGGCAAUUAAGCUUAUAUCAAAGGUUUUCGAACGAGAGAUUAUCGUGAGGGAUCAAAGCCGGUUUCACCAUUUCAGAGAUGGCUCCUGUUCUUGUAGGGAUUACUGGUAAAUUUAUGAUAGUUGUA